AUGUUAGCAUCGUCUUCUAGAGCAUUUAUCAAUAACUAUUUGCUGAUAACCUCACGCAACCUGUUCACAUCCUCCAUUCUUCAGCGCCAUCAGCAACACCGAAUAAAAAAGGUUACUUCCUCAGAUGGCAAAAUGGUAGCUGCUCGUCAGGAGGCCAUUUUAGAACAACGCAGCUUAACCCACAGAAAAAAAUGGCUUGAGGCUCGUGAAGCUGAAGAAGCCUUGUCUAGCAAACUGCCUCCUGCAUUGGGUUAUUUAGACGGAGUUCUUGUAUAUUUAGCCAAUCGCUAUGCUACAGAAAAACUUACUUUAGAUAAGGCGAUUGAAUUUCUAAGGGAAUCUGCCGAUCAAGCGAUGUUCGAUUGCCUGGACAAUCCUUUGUAUGCUUUGGUAAGCGAAAAAUUUCCUAAUGCUACUUUAAAUAUAUGUGAAUCGCAUAUUCUGGUUUGCUAA